AUGUCCACCCCGUUAUCGUCCGCUCGACCGGGCCCGGGCCCGACCUCCCAGUCCCAGUCUCAGUCCCAGGCCACCGCGUCGGUGGUGAAGUUCCGCUGCCUAUACACACACGACCUGCGCCGCAAAUCCAAACGAUGGCAAGAUGGCUAUCUCCGAUACCAUGCCUUUAACAAGCGUGUUAUGGUGUACGACGAACAGGGGAACUACAUCGGCGAUCAUCACUGGCGGUCAGCCGAGGAAAUCCAGGACGGCGAUGAGCUCGAGCUGGAUAAGGGAGCACUGAUCCAGGUCGGUGAGCGAAUGAGCACAACUCAAACCGAUCUCUCCAACCUCUUCGAGAAGAGGAAGUCCAGUCAGGGCUCGCCGCAGUCCAAUGAUCCAGCAUCGCAAGCACUGCGUGCCUCGACGCCUAUCCGGUCCUCGGGCUCGUCGCAGCCGUUUCGCUCAUUGAACGACCUGCUUGGCAUCAAGAAAACUCCAAUUGGACACCUGGUUUCGCCUUAUGAAGAAAGACACCCGCCUCCGCCGUCAUCGGAUAUCUCCUUGCCGUCCCAACGCGCACCCAAACGACAGAAAGUGACCCCGAUGCAGAGACCAGUGGUCAGCAACAGAAAUGCUCCGGCUGAGGUGGUGGAUUUGACCGAGCCGGAAGAGAUACCUCCAGCUGCGAAAGUACGGAACGUCGCGAAAACACGCGAAAUGCCAAGACCUCAAAACCCAGAGCCCAUCCCGCAGCCUCGGCCGGAGAAGCUACGAGAGGCGCCCAAAGCAACAAAACCACAGAGAUCGGAACCUCCGAAGCCUUCAAUAGCGCCUGAGAAGAUACGCGGUACGCCGAGACAAACAGAACCGCAAAGGCCUGAGCCUCCGCAAUUCGUGAAACCUUCUAUGCCACUUGAGAAGUCACGACAGGCACCCAAGGCAACAAAGCCACAAGUAGCGGAGCCUGCAGAGUUUACAAAUCCUUUUAUCCCUCCCGAAAAGCAAAGAGAUGUGCGAAACACAACGAACACACGGAGGCCUGAACCUCCAACAUUCGUGAAGCCUUCUCUGCCCCCUCCCUCGGCAUCAUCGAGCCGUCUGCCAAAUGCAACGGUCCCUCCAGCAGCUAAAGACGCGCAGUCCGAGCCGCUUGGACUUCGAAAGCUCCCGAAUGAGAACUUACAGCGAAUGUCUCGACCCAUUUCAAACACCUCAUCCUUUGAAGCACCCGUGAAGACAUUGCGCAUGGGCCCAGAGAAACCCCGCAGAAAGCUGAUGUACAGCGCAUUAUUGCCCAGCGACACAUCGCAAAAAUCAUCUCCCUCGCCCUCAAACCCACCUCCAGAAAGAAGCAAACCUAUGCCCAAAAACCUGGAUUCGCAAGCAGUUAACACUCCCGCCCAGGAGCUGAACUCGACCAAUGCCGAAUUUUCACCCUCAGACUCAACGCAAUUCAUUCUUGAUGCGAUGGCAGAUGGCUCAAACCUGGGGACCACAAUGACCCAACCUUGCAAUUUACCUGCACGAAGAGCUCUCGAUGCACCUUUGCGAAAAUCGGUCUCCGAUCCAACCACCUUGACGGCUCAACGCACACUCCAGAGCCGACCAACCCUCAUGCGAAGUGCGAUGAGUGCAGUUCCUGAACAGCCAGAAGUCAAUGAAGAGGGCCCCUGGACGUCUGAAGCACUAGAUCUAUUUGACUUUUGGCCACUGGGGCGCCCGAAGCCCAGUUGA